GCUUAAUGGCCGCCUAAGUAAUGAUGGCCGUUUAUACCAACGAUGAUUGAAGGCGAAAAACAGACAUCUUCAUUCUGAAGAUAAUGCCGCUGCACUGCAUCGGUGAGAGGAGGAGUCCCUCUGAGAUUGACAAUGAUGAGGAGACAUGCCCCAGUAUAUGGCAGAAGUCCCCAGAUUCCAUCCUGCUGGACAUCUUCUCUUCUCUCAAAGCUUGUGAUCUUCUGCAAGCUGCACAGACCUGCAAGGACUGGCAUCGUGUCUGCCAGGAUGAGAGUUUGUGGAAGGGACUCAUGCAGAACCAAUGGGGUGUGAAGACAGUUUGUCUCCCUCCAGGGAAGGAGAGUUGGCAGGCUGAGUACAGACGUCUCCAUUACCUAGCUCCUAUGCAUCUCAGUGAGACGCUUACAGACCACCAUGACGAGGUUCUUCAUGUCAGCUUCUCCCACAGAGGUGACAUGUUUUCCACCACUUCCAAAGACGCCACUAUCAAGGUGUGGAGUGUUGGCUACCCAACAACAAUUAAAUACUCAAAGGAUUUCCGUAAAUUACUUUCCUGGGACUUCACUCAAUUCUCCUGUUUUAAUCAGAGUGAUAGCAUGUUGCUUGUGUCAAGUGUCAAGACGAGAGACUUCAUUGACAGACGAGGUUUUGUUGCUAUAUUGUCUAUUCUGCAUGAUUUCCAUAUACUACGGGUGGUGGCGAUGGACCCCUCACAACUGUUUGGAGCAUGGCUUGACGACAGCACAUUUUUGGGUGGUUGUUUAGAGAUCAGCCUUGACCGAUUUGCUACUACUGUCCAGAUAGAAUCAUUUGAGGUACAGCCUUCCCAGCUUGCCGAGUUGUUAUCCGAGGGCUGUUCAGACAUGUGUGUGGAGGAAGGAGGGGGGAACAGUCUGUUUACUUUCUGUAGCGAGACAGCCAGUCUUAUCAAAUUCUUGACUGUGGCUAAUGUUCCGGUGAACCCUAUUGAACCGGAUGACCUUAGUGACCUCUACUCUGACUCUGACUCGGACAUGGAGGCUGAGGGGCUAGAUGACAGAUCUGUGGAUGAAAAUAUGGAGGACAAUUUUGGAGAAGAGGCCGAGGCAGGGUGUUCUUCCUCCUACAGUGGAGCAGCAGGUGUCCCUGACAGUUGCAGUGUGGACUAUAGCAAAUGUGGCUCUGCAUGUGGUUCGAGUGCAAAGGACCAAACAGCAACCACACAGAAUAUGAUAUUUGUGACCGGUGAGUUUGCAGUAGCAUUGCAUCAGGUCGGAUUCAAAAACUUAUCCCCUCCAAUCUCAAAUGACAAUACAAAAACUAGGCCACAUAGAGACAGUGAUCUCAGUUCCAACUCGGACCUUGACGAGCUAGGAUGUGAAGCAAGCCAGGAGGAGAGUCACAUGGUUGUCAACUUCAGUAAUAAUGACAUACAGUUACGGAGAAUACGAAAAUCAGACAAACCAGAUCAUUUGAUUGACCUCUACGGUCAUGUGACAGGAUUGUGUUUGUCAAGUGAUCAUAGGUAUUUGUUUCUCAAUUGCCGACCGUGGAUUGGUACAGUGGAUAGAACUGACCCCUGGGCGACCCCUGAUCUGUCACCAUCAAUAGAGGUCAGAGUAAUUGACCUUUGUACACUAAAGGACACCAAACUAAGAUACACUGGUCACAAAGGUUUUUCUCCUUGUACCAUGUGUUGUUUUGUGUUCCUUGAUGUCAGUGAAGACUAUGUUGGCAGUGGAAGUGAGGAUGCUAAAGGCUACAUCUGGGACCGCCACUACACAACACUAUUAUCUACCUACCAACAUGGGGAGGGGGUCGUCAAUGCCAUCGCCUUCUGUCCUAACAACCAGGAGUACCUUGUCACGGUCAGCGAUGACAACACAAUCAAGAUCUGGAGGUCAAAGCAUUUAAUGAGGGGUUUGGAAGUGUGACCGGACACAAUUGAACAAUGAAUAUUGUACUAGAGAACAUGCACGGGUCUAUAACUGUUAUAGUGAACAUUUUAGAAGGGCUGUGAGCCAACUUUAUAUUCCUUUAGGGAAAUAGUGCUUUAGAGGAAAUAUUUGCUGGGUGAUAAUAGCUCGUAUACACAUAUUCCAGUAUAGGAUGCUGCAGGAAAUUUGAAAACUGAAAGAGAUUUGACUAUUUGGACAUUCUCGGGGACUCCAGAGAGGUAUAGUGCGCAAAGAAAAGAUUUUAUGAUUAUUUAGAGAACUGAAAGACUCUACCGAAGAUCAAAAAUGAGCUUUUUAGUGAGGUGUGGAAGUGUGUACAUGUUAGUUAGAUAUCAGAUUUCAAUAAUCUACUACCGUAUUUGACCUCAAAAGCACAUUCGUCCCAAUAUGCACAUCCCCACUUCUAUUUUUUGUAAAAUGGUUACCUCACUGAUCUGCAUAUAGAAUCUUCUUUUAACCUAAGAUCCUUUUCAAGAGAAACGGAAAAACACUCCAUUUUUAAGAGAAACAUAUUUUCCCUGCUUUCAAAUGGAAACUUUCUUAAUGCGUUAUAAAUGUGUCCCUCUUGUGUUUUUCAGCGCAGUGUUCUUAUUAGGUUGAAUAUGUUGUAAACUAUUGUCCUACAGAUCUGUACAGUAUUUGUACCCUAAAAUCUGUCAAGGGCUAGCCGAAGCUCUAGAUUUUAUGGCUGAAAGUAGUGUGUUCAGUAAGACUUUAUAUAUGCUAUUCAGGAAAGUGUUGAUGUGCUAAUAUAUAUAUAUGUUGCUGUUUUCCCCAACAGUUUGGUGAACAUUAUUAAUGAUUAAUGAUGUGUAUCAUGCAAUGAAAUUACAUGUGCAAAACUGAUAGGUCCCAUUUUCAAAACAUAAUAAUCAAGAAAGAUAUAAUUAUUAAUAUAUUAUUUGUUAUUUAAUGGUAAAAAUGAUCUAUACACAAAGUUCAUAGUGAACACUUGUAUUCAUUUGUGUAAUUAUUUAUUUCAUAUUGGCUAUAUUUAUUGCCAUAUCUUUGAGUCACCUGAAAAGACAAAAUGCUGUAUAUGAAAGGCCUUUGGUCAGUUGUCCUCGGUUACACUGUUUGAAGAAUGAGUUUAGUCUCAAACUCCAACUUAAUGAACUUUGGUAAAAGUGCUUGUUAGAGAUCACUUUACAGGUAUAUGAAGGUCAAAGGUUAAGGUCACAAGUACUGUGAAAAAAAUAUUUCACUGUGUGUGCGAUGAUAAUUUGAGUUCCCUUAGGACCAUAUCCAACUUCAUAUAGUGUCUUUUAUUGAAAGUGCUUGUUUGGGAAUGCCUUUUAGGUCUGACGGACAAAGGUGGUCAAGACCACUGUUACUGUGAUCUGUAAAUAUAGAUUUUUCCUGCACUAUGAAAUCAGUUGUGACAAACUUUCAACCAAAAGUGCUUGCUGAGGCUUUUUAAUGAGUUGCAUCUGUAAUUCAAUAUAUCCACCAAUGACUGUUAAAGGUUUUUUUUCAUUUUUUUAUUCUAUCAAAUCAAAAUAUUGCAUGAACAACAAUUCUUAGUUAUGUACAAGGAAGACAAAAAAAAUUAAACAUUUUAAAUUAACUUCAGUAUAAAAGCAAAUGAGUUGUGUGUGUGGUAAUUUUAUGAAAAUGAAACAUAUAUAUACCAGUUUAUAUGAUUACAGUUUUUAUCAUGUAAUAAGCCUGUGGGACUAAACACCUCAAACUCAAAGUCAGCAGGAGGGUUUACCUGAAUCACACGACAAUGUAAUUACAGGAUUUGUUGGGAAUUUCAUUGAAUAGUUAUACAUAUUCAUGACUAUUUUUGUAUAUCCAGAUAUCUGGGUAGGCUAAUAAGCUAUGACCAGGUAAAUAAUGGUAUUGUACAGAAUAUCAAGUCAUUAUAUAAACAGAUUUACAAUAUAGUCUUCAUUGUGUCCAUAUAUGAUGGACAGAGGUCAGUUUCUACAGAAAAUACUCAUAUAAUUAUUUACAAGUGUAUUUUGAUUGCUUGAUAGAAUCCCUUGUCAGGUGCAGUAAAAAGUCAAAUCCUGUGGAAAGGUGGCGAUACCCAUGACAUUAAAUUGUGUGUGAUACUGUAGGAUUGAAUUGAAGGAGAUCUGAUUUCUCUGUGGAUGAUUAUCCAGUGAACAAUAUUUAUUGCUUUAGUAGAAGCUGCCAGGAUGCAUCAAGAUUUGUAUAUAUGCUUCAAGUUUUUGUGUAGUGUUUGUGUAAAAAGGACUGUAAUUAUGAGUUUGCAGCAUUCAAGCAUGUGUUAAAAUGUAGGUCAUUAUAACAUUGUGAUGUCAUCAAAUCUUGCAUAAAUUGCCAUAAGAUCUUUGAUAUGUCAUCAAAUCAUGUGUAAUGCAUGUCAUUGAUUCUGUUGUUAUGUCAUCAAUUCUGUUAUAAUGUCAUCAAUUCUGUCGUGAUGUCAUAUAGCAGGUAUGAUGUCAGAUUAUGGUUGUGAUGUCAAAACACUAAAUUAUGUUGCAUUAUUUUUAGCAUCAUAUAGUCACUUGAUAGAUGAUUAACAAAUUAAUUAAGCUUAAGAAGAGCUACUAACAUAAAUGGUAAUUACAAUUUGCUGCUGUUUUUUUUAAAUCAAAUAAUAAUACUAGCGUAUAAUUUAUACCAUCAACAGAGACAUUCACACAACCAAUGAAAGUGAUAGGGAUAAAAUAUUGUACUAUUGAAGCAUUUAUCAAAUUAUUGUGUUCAAGAUUUAGUAAACAGGUCUUGUAUAAGAGUAGUGUACUUAUUGUUAAUAAAUGAGAUGUACUAAGUGUAUGUAGAGGGCACUCAUGACCUGAUCAACACUUUGUGAACAAUAAAGAGGCAUUCUAAUAUAA